AUGGAAGCCAACACUUCCCUCUGGCACAGCUACCUCGAGGUGAUCGUGUCCCGCGAGAGGGAGCGGCUGGAGAAUUUCCAGCGGGCUGAGGACAUCCUGCUGACCCUGUUGGAGGAUGUCCAUGCCAGGGAGCCCCGCUUCCUUGUGGACUACGCCAGGAACCUGGAAGCCUUAGAGUUUGCUCUCUGUGCCUCUGAGGAUGCUGUCACUGUAGAGAUGCCCCUGCGGAUCGACGGUGAUACCCUGCAGCUGUUGGCAUGCCAGCCCAGAGACACCCCAGGAGGGCACCCUCCAGGGCUGAACACCUGCUAUCUGGAAGUGCCCUCUCCAGGGACCGAUUUGGAGGACUGGAUCAGUGUCGUGGGUGCGAUGGAGCAUGGAGGUGGUGCGAGGUGUCUGGUUCCGGGCAAAGUCCUCCAGCACCUGAAAGAGCUCCUUGUUUCAGCCAUCGUGCACUGCCAACGCUGCUUCCUGCUUCAGCCAGGUGACGUCAGCGCCGAAAAUCUGCAGGAAGAUGCCAUGGAGCUCUCCCUGCUGAUCCGUGGCAGCUGGAAGAACAUUCGCUUUGACAUUGUUCCGGUGGUGAGGAGGCAGCAGGAGCCGUUCCAGCUCCAGGGGAGGCAGAUUGACAGGGGUUUCCCUGAAGGCAGCCUCCGGAAGGCCACAGAAGAGGCCCACUUUGUCCCUGCCUCUCCCCAUUGCUGGAGAUCCUCCACUCACCUCCCCAUCCUGAGGCUGCUACACGCAGUGGACACACUGAAGGGACCUCGUCUGGACGGCCUUCGCCUGCUCGACCAGCUCCGCGACCAGGACUGGGGAGAGGAGGGUGGGAAAAGCGGUCUCACUUUCAACUACCUGAAGAUGGUGCUGCUGUGGAGCACGGAGCUCUUUCCCUCCCUGGAGGACUGGCAGGACCUGGAGGGCUCUGUCUACAGGCUCUUGGUGAUCCUUCUCCGCUGCCUGGCCACCCGGCACCUGCCCCAUUUUCUGAACCCAGAGGAGAACCUCUUCCAAGGAGCGACCAUGGACCUUGCCUCCCUCUACCAUAAAGUAGAGAGCUUUGCCCGGGACCCCCGACGCUUCCUCCAUUUCCAUUUUGGCCACUCUGCACGCACUGACAGCUGGAAGGCAGACCCCAACACCCGAGCUCUCCUGCAGCUCCCCAGCAAGGAUGGGUCUUAUUGGGACACAGCCUACUUUGACAUCCUGCUCAGCCAGUUUCAGGUGUACCGGAUCCAGGACAGUGCGCGCCGCUCAGCAAUGUCCCAGCUCCUCUCCAAGAUCCGGCAAGAAAUUCCGCAGCAGAGCUGAGUUGGAACCCUGCUGCCGCC